CCUGAUCUUUUUAAUGUCUUUUGACUGAAUCUAGGUUACUUCUCUAUAGAAGCUCUGUGUUUGUCUCAAAGACAGAUGACUGAGCUUGAAUAAGCGAGUUUAGAGUAUUAUAAUCUUACGAGUAUGAUUCAAACAGAAUGCUUCUGCAGCUUGUUGUCAGAAGAUUAUUAUCAGUUUUGUACAGGUACAGUUUUGUUACUCAGACCUCACGAGCUUCCUUCCCAGGCUGCAUUUUUAAGCGUCAUGUGACAUUAUCGGUCUACGUUAACCGCGUUUGAGGCACUUGGAAAUUCUGUCUGGUUAGGCAGCUCGCUUGGUUAUUAAACCAUUCCAGUUACUUGUGGGUCGUGUGAUAUAUUUGUCCGUUGUGUUUAUUAUUUUUGUCCGUCAUCUAUAACCCACAUGUUGAGAGCAGAGCGCCUGCGCCGACGCGUCCGUCAGUCUCGAGGAAACUCCUCCCUGUGGACAACACGCCGCUCUCAGCAGCGCAAUGGUCUCCUGGAUCAUUUCUAGGCUUGUGGUGCUCAUAUUUGGUACCCUUUACCCGGCAUACUCCUCUUAUAAAGCUGUUAAAUCAAAAGAUGUGAGAGAAUAUGUGAAAUGGAUGAUGUACUGGAUAAUAUUUGCACUUUUUACUACAGUUGAAGUGAUUACGGAUAUAUUUUUGUGCUGGCUCCCAUUCUACUAUGAACUCAAAAUCGCCUUUGUGGUGUGGUUACUUUCCCCAUACACAAAGGGAUCCAGUGUUCUGUAUAGAAAAUUUGUCCACCCUGCACUAUCCUCCAAGGAGAAGGACAUCGAUGAAUACCUUUGCCAAGCAAAAGAUAAAAGCUACGACACCCUAAUGCAUUUUGGAAGGAAAGGUCUGAAUGUGGCGGCAACAGCUGCAGUAAUGGCUGCCACUAAGGGCCAAGGUGUCCUCUCCGAGCGCCUCCGCAGCUUCAGCAUGCAGGACCUGUCAUCUUUCCAGGCAGAGGGCCAGGCAAAGAAUACAAGUUCUGUAACUACUCAACCUGCAGCCGCGCAGCACAGAACACGCACCAUGAUGCGCAGCAAAUCAGAGACGGGUUACAGCAAGGGCCAUGAUUUUGACAUGACCGAAUAUGAGAUGUUGAACUUGGAGCAAUAUGCCCCCAUUGAGCCUCCUGGUCCGCUGACACCCACACCUACCCCGGCCCCAUCCCAGCCCACUCUGCCCCAGCCUGAGCCCACGACUCCUGAGUCCUUCCAGGAUAAACCCACAUCCCAACCGGUAGCAUCAGAAGAGCCUGAGGAGAAGGAGGACUUUGCCUCAUCUGCUUCAGUCCAAUUCAGAUUUAAGAGGCGUGCCCCUGAGCCUCCUCCUAGAAUCCUAAGACCCGUCACCAGAUCCAGAUCAAAGACCGCCCUCUCUUCGGACACUGAAGCCAUGUGACUGUGCAUAUGCUCCGAGAGCGCUUUAGCUGUCUUACCUGCAACAGGAGGAGACGAAACAAGAGAAGGCAGAGAGAGAGUAAAGGAAUGCAGCUAAAAUGUUGAAAUAUUCAAAAGCAGCCUUGCUCUGUAAUGAGGUAACCAAAGCGAUGCGCAACCUUUCGCUUCUGAUCUUUGACACUCAAAGGGGCGGGGCUUCAUUUAGGUAACACGUUCAUGUGCUUACUGCUGCUCUGAGAUUCUUUGGGGGUUAUUAAACUUGUUUUGUAUA